UUUCUUGGUAUAUAAGCGGAAGACUCGCGGUAGAUUCUAUUUACUCUCGCCCAGUGUUUGCGAAGUGUGUCUCUUGUCAGUGGAAAGUGCGGAAAAUCUGUGUGAAAAUGAGCAGCAAGGUUCCCAGUCUAACUCUCAACAACGGCCUGAAGAUCCCCAUGCUGGGCUUGGGCACCUGGGGCUCGCCGCAGGGCGAAGUCGCGCGGGCUGUCAAGGAGGCUCUGGAUCUGGGCUAUCGCCAUAUCGACUGUGCCUUCGUGUACGGGAAUGAGCAGGAAGUGGGCGACGGCCUGGCGGCGAAGAUCGCCGAUGGCACGGUGAAGCGCGAAGACGUGUGGGUGACCAGCAAGCUGUGGAACACCUUCCACAGCGCUCAUCUCGUGCGUCCGGCGCUGGAGAAGACGCUGCAGAAUCUGCAGCUGAAGCAGCUGGAUCUGUAUCUCAUCCACUGGCCGAUGGGCUACAAGGAGGGCGGCGAGAUCUUCCCCGCGGACACCGACGGGAAGACGCUCUUCUCCGACGUGGACUACCUGGAGACGUGGAAGGGCAUGGAGGAGUGCCUGAAGGCCGGACUCACGCGCAGCAUUGGCCUGUCGAACUUCAACAUUCGCCAGGUUGAGCGCGUUUUGGCCGCGGGCAGCGUGAAGCCGGCGAUGAAUCAGGUGGAGUACCAUCCGUACCUUCAUCAGACGGAGCUGAGCCAGUGGUGUCGCGCCAAGGGCAUCGAGAUCACCGGCUACAGCCCGCUGGGCUCUCCGGCGCGUCCGUGGGUGAAGUCCGGCGAUCCCGUCCUGCUCGAGGAGCCCAAAGUGCUCGAGGUGGCGCAGCGCUGCAACAAGAGCGUGGCUCAAGUCCUGAUCCGCUGGCAACUGCAGCUGGGUCACAUCACCAUUCCCAAGUCCACCAACUCGAAGCGCAUCCAGGAGAACUUCGACGUGUUCGACUUCGAGCUGUCCAAGCAGGACAUGGAGGAUCUCUCCAGUCUCAACAGGAAUGAGCGCUUCGUUCCGAUGUCCAUGUGCGCCGGUCACAAGUAUCACAGCUUCGAGAACAACGAAUUCGCGGAUUAGAGACGCAGGUGAGAGAAGAAGAGUGGCUCGCAAAUUUGUAUUACUCUCUUGAACACAAUGCAUU